CUUACACACACAUACAUACAUAUAUAUAUAUAUAUAGUUGCAUGCAAUGAAAUGUCUGAAAAUUCUUCUUCUGUUGUGUUUUGCUGUCAUGCAAACAUGAAUGGGUCAUGAGAUCAGCAUGGAUGCAUGACCACCCAUUUUUUAACCAAUUAACUUUCCUGUGGCCGCCGGAUAGAUCUAUAUUAUCAAUAUUGUGUCUGAAUCUUCAUCUUCUGUCCUUCAUUUCUUAUCAUCAGAAUUACAAUUGCAAGAAUCCAACCAACGCCCCCCUCUCUAUCAUCGUCACAUCCAUGGCCAAGCCCGUCGUCCCAAAUCCCGGCAGCGGCGGCGAUGGCGGCGCUUCCGAGACGACGUUUGUGCAGGCUGACUCUACGUGUUUCCGGGACCUGGUCCAACGCUUAACGGGCCCAUCGGGAAAUGAGGCCCCAGCACCAAUCAAGUCUCCAGCACCCAAACCAGCCCAAAAGCUCCAUGAGCGCAGGAAAUACAAGCAGCCCAAGUUAGACAUUUCAACACCAAUUGCAUUCCAGAUUCCAUCAAGCCCACCCAUGGUAGGUGCAAUGAGCCCACAAGGAGCAGGGGGUUAUGGGCCGGGCCCAUGGAGCUGCCCAGCAAGCCCGUCGAGUUCUAUAUUGAUGAGCCCACCAAGGAGUUUGCAGGCCAGCCCAACAAGCACCCCUGUGUAUGCAGUAACAGGGGGUUCAAACAAAAGAUCAUCACCAUCAGCAAUGGAGAUAGAUUUUGGAGAAGAAGAGAGAGCAAUCAAAGAAAAACGCUUUUAUCUGCACCAAUCUCCACGCUCCAAAAUGCGACUUGCACCAGAACCAGAGCUCCUCACCUUGUUUCCUCUAACGUCGCCUAAUGCGGCUUCUAGUGCUACUCAUAAAACAUGAAAAACAAUCA